GGAGGAGGGCGGUGUGGUGGCGGCGGCGGCGGCAGCGGCCGGGGGGGGGGAAACGGGGAGCCGAUCGCCACUGGGGCGACCAGCGGGUCCCCAGCACCGCCGCCGGGAGCACCCCGCGGCCCCCUCCUUUUGAGGAGGGGGGGGUGGUUGGCGGCGGGGGGGGGUGGAGGGGGAGAAGGCCGGGAGAGGCCCCCGCCGGCACCGCCAACCACCAUGUCCGGGCGCGGCCACAACAAGCUGCCGACCACCGAGCGCAUCGUCAAGGCUGUCCCAUUUCCUCCCACGCAGCGGCUCACUCUGAAGGAGGUGUUUGAGGAUGGGAAGCCGAGGCUUGACGUCUUGAAGAGCCACUUGGUGAAGGAAGGGCGCCUGGAAGAGGAUGCGGCGCUGAAGAUCAUCAACGAUGGGGCCGCCAUCCUUCGGCACGAGAAGACAAUGAUUGAAGUGGAAGCUCCCAUCACAGUGUGCGGUGACAUUCACGGGCAGUUUUUUGACCUGAUGAAGUUGUUUGAAGUUGGAGGAUCACCCAAUAACACCCGCUACCUCUUCCUGGGAGACUACGUGGACAGAGGCUACUUCAGUAUAGAGUGCGUGCUGUAUUUAUGGAGUUUAAAGAUAAAUCAUCCCAAAACGUUGUUCCUCCUUCGAGGGAACCAUGAGUGCAGGCACCUCACAGAAUACUUCACCUUUAAGCAGGAAUGUCGAAUCAAGUAUUCAGAGCGAGUGUAUGAUGCGUGUAUGGAUACCUUUGACUGUCUUCCUCUUGCUGCCCUCUUAAACCAGCAGUUUCUGUGUGUUCACGGAGGACUGUCCCCAGAAAUCACGUGUCUAGAUGACAUUAGGAAAUUAGACAGGUUUAAGGAGCCUCCAGCUUUUGGUCCAAUGUGUGACCUGCUCUGGUCCGAUCCAUCGGAGGAUUACGGUAAUGAGAAAACGCUGGAGCAUUUCGCCCACAACACUGUUCGAGGCUGCUCCUAUUUCUACAGUUAUCCUGCAGUUUGUGAAUUUUUGCAGAACAAUAGUUUGUUAUCUGUAAUCCGAGCUCACGAAGCCCAGGACGCUGGGUACCGAAUGUACAGGAAGAGCCAGACAACAGGCUUUCCGUCAUUAAUCACAAUCUUCUCUGCACCAAAUUACCUAGAUGUCUAUAACAACAAGGCUGCUGUACUGAAAUACGAAAACAAUGUCAUGAACAUCAGGCAGUUCAACUGUUCCCCUCAUCCCUACUGGCUUCCAAACUUCAUGGACGUCUUCACAUGGUCCUUGCCUUUUGUAGGGGAAAAGGUCACAGAAAUGCUCGUUAACAUCCUCAACAUAUGCUCCGAUGAUGAGUUGAUUUCAGAUGGUGAUGAGACAUUGGAAGAUCACUACAUUUCAAGCUAUCAGAAAGGUGGGACAACAGUCCGUAAAGAGAUCAUCAGGAAUAAGAUUAGAGCCAUUGGGAAGAUGGCGCGUGUCUUCUCGGUUCUUCGAGAGGAGAGCGAGAGCGUGCUGACUCUCAAAGGCCUGACUCCCACAGGUACACUGCCCCUGGGAGUGCUCUCAGGGGGGAGGCAGACCCUACAGACCGCCACAGUAGAAGCGGUAGAGGCACGGGAAGCCAUUCGUGGAUUUUCACCGCAGCACAAGAUCCGCAGCUUCGAAGAAGCCCGCGGGCUGGAUCGCAUUAACGAGCGCAUGCCGCCACGCAAGGAUUCAAUGCACUCAGACGGGCCGGUAAAUUUGGUAACCUCAACAAACUCUGCGGACAAGAACGGCACGGGGAAGAAAGCCCAGUAACGGUCCCAGCGCCCAAUCUGCACCACUAAAGGAUCCAAAACUUAAUGAAUUUUAUUUAUUUAUUAUAUUGGGGUGGGGUGGGGGCGAGGGGAGAAACCAACUUCACCUGGAGGCACGUUCAUAAUCCAGUUUGCAUCCAUUCUGUAAGAAAGGUGACCAUUUUGUAAUUUUUUUUUUUUAUUUAUGUUCAAUAUAUAAAAAGUCCAUCUUUUUUUUUUUUUUUUUUUUUUUUUUUUAAUUUAGAAACCAAUCUUACUGCUAGUGCGUAUAUGGAGUGUUGUGCUGUACAGCUGACCUCUCCUCCACGAAAGGCGAACCUCCGCGGCGGUGGUGGGGGGGGGGGCGGGGGGGAGGAUUAAAAGAAACGAAACCAGUCCCAGGCAACUUGGGUCGUUGACUUUGGUGCAAUUCGGAGUUAGCCUGUGCUUUCAAAAGCAGGUCCUUUGCUUGAGAGAAAAAAAAAAAAAAAAAAAAAAAAAAUAGGGUUGGUUUGGGGUUUUUUUCUUUUUUUUUUUUUUUUUUUUUUCUUUUUCACAACUCUCUCCUUCCCAGAGUUUGCUGGUGUUUCCUUCAACCUCUUGCCCACCUGCGUCUGCUGCUUUUUUGCAAGCGGUUCUCUGGAAGGCGCGUUGCAACGGGCUGGGAUCCGUCCCUCUUUCCAAGGUGACAUCCAAAUAUUCGGGAUUAGCUCCGAGGGCCUCCGGUGGGUUAUACCGAUCACAGCACCUUUUCCUUUGGUAAAUUCAGUUUUAUUCCAGUGGAGCCCCAAGGGAAAAAGUAACUUCUUGAUAAAAAGGGGGAGGGCGGAUGGGAGAAGCGCUGCCCCUUGUUGCAGCCCUUCCCGAAGCUUCGGCCGGGGGUUUUUCAUCCUGGUUUCUAUGAUCCGGGGCCGCCCGGGCAGCGGAAAAACCCCUCUGGGAAUCCCUCUGGUCCAGAGCAGAGGAAUUCUCUCCGGUCUCUAGCCAUCGGCAGCUCUUUGGGAAAUCUGCACUGAAGUGGAAAGGAAAAAGGGGGUGAUUUGUAUAACCUGGGGACAGAAGGACCCCUGUGCCGCCACCCUGGCAUCCCGCGGAGCCCGCGGCGCGCUGCCCUGCGCUCGCGUCAGCCCUUGCUGGUCAGGAUGCGAGCAGUGGGUGGACGCGGUGGUGUCCCCUGGGCCACCGUCGCCUCCCACUCACCCAGCGUCCCCCUUCGGGGGGGUCUUCCACCUCCUGGGGCUUACCCCAAUGCUGGUGACCUUGCUAGCCAGCGACUGUUCCUCCCGACUCCGAAGGAGCCACGGGCACGUCAGCCUUUCCCAGCGGUUGGAGGGGGGUUCUGCCAGCUCGUGAUGAAGAUUUGGGGAAGGACGGGUGGCGGCGCUGCUGGUUUCUGUAGAGAUGUGGCUUGGUGGCUUUGCUAAAAAGCCCCCCCCCGGGUUGGGAAGCGCAUCCCCCCCCUCGGCUGCAGGGGAGGGAGGGUGGUUUUAUGGCAGGUAGAAGAACCGAGUGGAUCUGGGCAGAAAUUUUGGCAGGGUGUUUGUGGAGAGCUGGAGAGGGAAGGGGGAGCUCCUGGUGAGCAGGAGGGUUUCCAGAGGGACGCGGUGGUGAAGGUUUUGGAGCUUGGAUCUGUUUUAAGCAGAGCCUCGGUCUUUCCCUUAAACUCUGACCUGAAGCGAGUGUUGAAAAAGUGUUUUGCGAGAUUUUUCGUUUGGUCGUUUCCCUUCCCCGCGUGUCGCUUGAGCCGCGUCCUCCCCUGCCUGCCAUUGCCCGGAGUCAAAGCAGCAGCUUUCGGAAGCAAAUCCUUUGCCAGCUUUCACUUCUUUUUUUCCAGCCAAACUCUCUAUUGUGCUUUCUCCAAGCAGGGGCAGCAGGUGAGCGGGUUUAGCCUCUAAUAAGGGAUAUUUGCCAACCCCUUCUCGGGAUCUUGCUGUCUUCCCUUUGUGCUCCGGCCCGGAGCUGCCAUUCCAGCGACAGAGGAAAACAGCAACUUUGCGGGAAGCUUUCAAAAUUGUCUUAUAAUCAUACGUCACUGAAUUUCAUGCCAGCUGUUUAGGAAACCGUAUCUGUGAGCAGACCACUGGGUUUUCACAAGAGACUUUUCGAGUCGCAUGCCUCCACUUUUUUUUUCUUCUUUUUUCUUCCCCCCCCCCUCCCGCCCCCCCCCUUUUUUUACACGCCCACUGCUUUGCAAAAAAAAAAAAAGUGCGAGAUGUUUUGAGCGAGCUUCUCUUAACCCCAUCCGAGGCGUGGGGGCCAAUUGCCUUUGUCUGUGAGUAUUUCUUCUUGUUUGUUUGUUUUUUGGGGUUUUUUUUUUGUUUGUUUGUUUUGGGGUUUUUUUUGGUUUUGUUUUUUUUUUUUAAACGGCAUCCUUUCUUGAAAUAACAGUGAGCCGAUGUGUGGUAUCUUCCUCUGAGAGCGCAAACCGUGCAAAGGUGCUGCCCGUGCAUGAUGGGGCAUGUUGUUCUGACCCAGGCUGGGAUCUCGCCCAAGCAGCAGUUUCAAUCGGGGAGCUUUGGGAACGGGUGCCAUGGUUGGGGCUGGGGGCGGGAGGGGGGGCAUGAUGCUCGUACCCCGAGCCUGGCACCCCCGCGCAUCGGGGUUUCAGCAGGGACCGACCGUUUGCGGAGGGGGAUUUGCUUUGCUCAUGGUUUGUCACCCCCCAACCUUCUUCUCCUGCUCUGGCAUCGCCAGCCCCCCCCCCCCCCCCCAAAAAAAAAAAAACUAUUUGGCUUUGUGGUUUGCUGCCCUGGCAAAGCGGGGAAGGGGGGGGGCUGAUGGCGUUGCGAGGUGCUGGGACCCCCAGUCCUGGAACUGGGUGUUGCUGGAAGCAUCCCUGCGGCUGGUGGGGCCGCAGUUUCCCAGCAUCCCGGCCUGGGGCUGGGGCUGGGGGGGGGAGCUGCCGCCCCCCGCUGCCGCCUGUCAGGGAAGGCGGUUGAUGGCUGGAUGUUGGUGUCCCCCCUCCCCGAGCCGUGCCCAGGAGCCGUAGGGCAGCACGUAUGGAUGCCAUACUGCAUCCGAUGCCAUGCUGCAUCUGUUGCUGUAGCAACGCCGGCGCUGGUCCCCCCCCCCUUUUCCCUUGAUAGGAUGGGGUGAGGAGCAGCAGCGCUGGGGUGCGUGGGUGCUAAUUAACCCCCUCGAUUGAUUAACGCUCGGCCGCGUAACCCUCUCCGCGCUGGCACCCCCGCCCCCGGGGAAAGCAGAGCAUUUUCCCAACACCGAGCCGGGCGACCCCAUCCCCUCUUCCCCAGCUUUUUGGGGAGGAAGGUGAUGAAGACCUCGGAGCAGAGGCCAGCGAGGUCCCCGGCAGAGCGCCCUGCCCCGAUCCCCACCGCGGCAAAACCAAAAAAAUUCCCAGAAACAGGCAAAUUUUUCCCCUCUUCCCUCCCCUCCUCCUCUAAUCCCUGCAAAGCCAGCGCCUCGGAGCUAGGCACGUCUCCGGCCCCCUCAUCUCACAGCUCCCGUCCCUUUCCCUCCCCGGUUGCCCACCCGGACUUUGGCAACCAAAACUCCGGGAAUGGAAGCCAAAGGAGCACGACCAGCCCCGGGGAAAGCCCAGCCGCCUCCUCCGCAGCCUGGGUUUAUUUUUUUGCAUGUUAUAGCAAGGUGCAUGUAACAAGGAGGGGAGUCAGCAAUGGGGGUCGGGUGGUGGGUUGAGUUCAAGCUUUUUGGGUUGUUGUUUGUGUUGUUUUGUUUUUGUUUUUUUUUUUAUUAUUUUAUUUUAUUUUAUUUUAAAUUUUCUUUAUUUUCUUCGGGUUUUUUUUUUUGGCGUUUGGGAGAACCUCUUUGCUGGCCGUGCCAGCCCUGGGAGCCUCUCGCGGUUGCCUGGGCGCGGAUGCCACCCGGCUUGGUGCGGUGACAGGGACACGUAGAGGCCGAGUGGCCUCUGCCAGGGAGGACCUGAACCCCCACGGGACGCGUGCUGGGUGCAGCGAUGGUGAAUUUUAGGGUUCUUGUUGCUGAAGGAUCAUACGCCCGUUGCCUGGAGACUGCCUCCUUUUAUUAUUAUUUUUUUUUUCUUUAUUUUUUUUUUUUUAGUUCUGUUUAAAGGAGAAAAAAAAAUGGUGAAAAUGUUAUUUAUUGGCAGAAAUUAUUUAAUAUAAUUUCUUCUUUUUUUUUUUUUUUUUGGUGAACAAGGAAUGAAUUUGUUAGAACUGUCUUAAUGUAAAUCGGAAAGUCAUCUUUAAGGAGAAAAAAAAAAAAAACGGAAAAAAAAAAAAAAGUUAAAAAUUGACGCA